CUUGAUUGCUUUCUCUCUUUCCACAUUCGACUCUGCUAUCAAAACAUAGUCUCAACUACUGACCGCUGUUACACGACAAUGGCACCUCUCAGACCUCAUGCCGGCCAUGUCGGCCUCGUCCUCCCACUCUGCACGACUGCGGCGACUGUUGGUCUGUCUCUCUACCAGUAUCCCGUCUUCCUUUCCUUCUUGCAGGAGGGACAGACAAUUGCCGGAACACCUCUCUCAAGAUUCUGGGAGCCAUUGAUCAAGUCCGGUCGUCUCCUAAAAGCAGGUCUAGCUCUAAGCUCUACAAUCGGAGGCGGUCUCGCAGCACGCUGGCUCAAAACCCACAUGACCCUCGAGACCGGCAGCGUCUCACAAUGGUACAUCGCCGGCUCCGUUUUGGCAGCAGGUCAUCUCGCAUUCCUGCCACUUCUCGCUGGCCCGGUUCAGAGAAUCAUUGCUUCGUCUAAAACUGCUAAGAGCGAGGAAGAGGCGGAUAAGGCGAACAGAGAGGAAAUGAAGACCUGGUUGACAAUUCAUACUGCGAGGUUGUUUUUGGUGGAUCUUCCGGCUCUCUGGUGCUUUGCUGAGGGUACGGCGCAGAGCUUUUGGGUUGGUCCAUGAGCGGGGAGAAAAGGAGGGAGGAAGGGGAGAAACUUAUCAUGUUCACGAGAAAUCUGAAGGAGGAGAGGACGAGGUGUAUAGUAUGGUGAAGCUAUCCUUGGUCUGUCAUUCAUCUGGUGUCUUUUGUCGUUCCUCUAGCGUCCGCUACCUCUGGGACGGCUAUGCCACUUCUCGGGCUGAGCCUGGAAAGCAGCUGACGGCAAUGUUCGCAGACACGAGGCGAAGGUUGUGCGUAGACUGCAACGCCCGCACUAUGUUCGCAUGAUUUGCCUUGUUCGGCGCCAAUGGAUUAGGACUGGUACGCAAGAUACACGCAUCUCUGCUGCACUAUGCU